AUGCUGCUACAUCAACCUUAUAGCACCACGGUGCUUUUCAUUACAUAUACAAUAACCCUCGCAAACGCCAACCUUAUCUACCAGACUCGUACGAGCGAUGCCCCGCCAUUACCGGCUGCGGUGACAGCACCGCCUCUGACGGGAUCUCCCGUUCCCGAGCUCAUGAAGCGUGAUGGCUCUACAUUAUGCGGAUAUGUCUUUGGCACCGUCCCUUGGUCGUCAUGCCUCGGCGGCGACACUUGUCACUUCGAUUCCAUUUACUCGGUCCUUGGUUGUUGUGGAACAGGCGUUUGUGAUCUCGCCACGUCGUGUCAACCAUAUAACUCCCAGUCGCCGGCCUCAGUAGCCAGUGCAGAUAGCACGACGUUUUGUAGUACCGAUCCGCAAUUACCUUCCUGUGCUGUUCUCUCAUAUGCAGGGUCCUUGUACCAUGGAUUCACUCGGCCAGUGUGCGGCACAGCCGCGGAAACAUUGCCCAUCUACUACUAUUUAAACAAGACGGGUAUAAAGACUACCAUCGGCAGUCGAACAACUACAAUGCCUCCCGGCCCGCCUGUCGUCGCAACAACCUCUCCGUCGUCGUCGUCGUCCACACCGGUCGGUGCUAUUGUUGGCGGCGUAGUAGGGGGAAUUGGGGCAUUGGCUAUGUUAGCCUUAGUCGCUUUCCUCAUCCUUCGCCAACGGAAAAACAAUGCCAAUGCUCAACGGGCCGUUGUCACCGAAUACCAUCCACCCCCUCUGGACCAAAUGCAGGGUUACGAUCCGAAUUACGACCGUAUGAAUCGAUCUAGUGUGGCCAAAUCGCCGGUAAACACGGUAUCUGGCAUGCCAAUGUCAAGUCCCCCCGGAUACCAGCACCAGGCCACUUUUGACGGAAGUCAGACGUCCACACCUGCGGCGAUGAAUUCUCCAGGUUACAACAUGGGCCAUGAGCAGUCCGUCGCAUAUGAAAUGCCCAUCUUGAGACAGGAAAGACAAAUACAGGAGAUGCCCAGCAACUCUUAG